UUGAUAUCUAACUACAGAUGAUAUAUAAAAUACUUAUUGAACAUUUCAUGUCUUUCUUUUUUUUGAUUUAAUGUUUUAAAAAUUUUAUUCUUAGAUUUACAAUGUAUAUCUUGAAUAAUGACUUUAUAAAAUAAUAUACUCUGAUAAAUAAUAUUUUUUUUAUUUUCGAAUGUUUUUUGAUUCGAUUUCAAUUCCAACCAAUAUAAUGUUACAAUCUUAUUCUGAAUCGAAUCGGUAAUGCUGAGAAUGACUUUAAAAUGAUAAUAGAAUCUUUGUGUCAUCGAGGAUAUCAUAUGCUUUAGGAUAAAAAAAAUACAUUGAACGUAAGGUAUAUUUCGUAUUUCAUCUGUAAUAUUAUGUUAGUAGUACGUAAUACGUGACUUGGGUAACGUGUGAUCAUAAAAAACAUAGCAAAUUUUUUUUAGAUACUGUCAAUACAGUAUAAAUUACAAGAAGAUGUUUUGCACAAGAUUGAUAAGGCAGUUUAAAUAUUUUAAAAUAAGACAACUACAUUCAACAUUUGUUAAAAAUGAAAGUAAACCUGUUACUGAAACAUCUAAAGUUAAAACUGAAACACCCAAAACUACUAAUAUAUCACAAGCUGAAAAAGAAGCAAUUGAAUUUGUAUCAGGAGAGUCUUUAUAUACUUUGACUAACUUUGAUAAAAGAAUAUUAGUUUGGGUUAAACGUUUUCCUAGUAUGGAUAAAGUUCCAAAACAAGUAAGUAUACGAACUAUACAGCUAGCUCAUACUAAAGCCAGAAUUAAAGUAUGUUUUUACAUGUUGGCUUUUGCGAUAAUUGGCUCUAUUCUAGCUGUAAUGAGUGGUAAAAGAGAUGUUGCUGCUGGAAAAAAUUUAAUAACGGAAAGACAAAAAUGGUAUGAUAAAGUGAAAGAAAAAGCUCAAAAAGAAGCCGAAAUGGCUGAAAAAAAUGAAAAAUAAUAUUUUAAUAACAUUUAAAUUUGUUAAAUUUUACUUCAAUAUUUUAAAUAUUUUUUUGAUUAAUUUUUUUUUCAUAUCAUUAUAUUUCAUUAGAAUUAUUUAAUCAUUGAAGUCAUUAUUUUGAGUAAUCAGAGAUUAUUACAAGUAAUAAUUUUUAGUAAUAAUAGUAUUAUAUCUUUAUAAAAUAUUAAUUUGAACAUAUUAUUUCUAUAAAUUGUGAAUGAACAUUAUUAUAUCUUAUCUUAAUAAAUGAGAAAAUUUAUUUUUAUAUAACACAUUUAUUAAUAGAUUAAUUUUCAAAUUAACAAAAAAAUAUAAAAAAAAAAUGAAUGUAAGAAUAUGAUAAUAAACAUAAUAAAGAUGUUUAAAA